UCCACAUCCCACUUUUCACCGUCCAAAAUCUCCGCGCCAGCAGCAACUGGUGAACAGGUUUGGACAUCAACGACAUUUAACAAGUUAUAUAUGUGUGGUAGCAGGCUACCUCGACUAACUUAAUCAUCAUCUGUCUGCGCUUUGCGCUCAGCUGAAGCUUGAAAGGUCUUUCCAGUCAAGCAUGCCACAUCUGCCACAGUAACAAGUUACCUGCAACUGCCGGCUAUGUCUGCUGUAGAUACCCCAACUGGUGCCGCGAGCUCAUCGAAGCCGGACCAGAAUGAGCAGAAUGGUCAAAACGGUGGGCGUGAAGACUCUGGCGGCUUCAAGCUAAAGUUUUGCACCGUCUGCGCCAGUAACCAGAAUCGCUCCAUGGAAGGUCACUUGCGACUCUCUCUUGCAAAUUAUCCCGUGAUUUCGUUUGGUACAGGCUCUCUUGUCCGUCUCCCCGGGCCGUCCAUUACACAGCCCAAUGUCUACAAGUUCAACGAAACAUCAUACGAUAGUAUAUAUCGGGAGUUGGAAGCCAAAGACCCUCGCUUAUAUCGCGCAAAUGGACUGCUAAACAUGCUUGGGAGAAACCGCCAAGUCAAGUGGGGCCCUGAGCGAUGGCAGGACUGGCAGAUUGGAAUGCCUAGAACCAAGCACAAGGAUGACAAGGGAGCUGAUGGCAUGGAGGGCGGCGUAGCUGAUGUUGUCAUCACCUGUGAGGAACGCUGUUGGGAUGCUGUGAUUGAAGAUCUUCUCAACCGUGGCUCGCCACUUAACAGGCCUGUUCACGUCAUCAACAUCGAUAUCAAGGAUAACCAUGAAGAGGCAUCCGUGGGAGGGCGAGCCAUUGUCGAUUUGGCAGACUCACUCAACAAGAUUGCUGCCGAGGAGCGGGAGAAGGUUGGCGCUUCUGCCUUUGACUCGGGAAGCGUAGGCGCCAGAUCAGGAUUCGAUGAGCGCGUACCGGACGUCCUGGCCGAGUGGCAGGAGAGAUGGCCGAAUCUUCCUGCGACAUGGACUUUGGCUUGGUUCUAAGCAUUGAAUUGGCGUAUUGUUUGAGCUCGUGCAUCGUAAGGCGUUGGAUGUUCUUUUUAUUGCCUGGCGGGCGUAAUCGCGGUUACGGACAGGGUGGGGGGUACAUCUUUUUGGGUUCAUGAUUGAUGACCAAACAACACAGACGAACAAGACGUUUUGGCCGUCACAACAUAAUGCUGAUUUGGACUCGUAAUCUCUAUCAACAAGCCGUUGUUAUCCGGGAUUUAUGAAUUCUGCUGCUGCCAUGAUUGGCUUCAACUUGCUAUUUUGUGAGGUCGCACCCCUCCUGGUUUUCUCAGAAUAUGUCGACCUCCGUGAUUUGGCAGGCCAUUUCCUCUUCCACCAGCCAGACCGCCAAUUAAGCAUUUUGUUUGUUACGCAUAUGCUUACUUCUAUCACAAACAUAAUAAUAUCGCAUGCAUACAUGCUCG